AUCGUUCUCAGCGACAGUUCUGUUUUCUCUCCCCGUGGUGAAGUGCAAAGUGACAGAUCGCGUAAAAAUUUUGUUAUCGAGACCCGAAAUAUGCAAUUUUAGAUCUCGCCCGAGACCGGAUAAAGUGACGUUCAGCAAUUACGCAUGAGUGAAAGUGAAGAACUGAAAAUGGGUUCCAAUGAAGCGACUGAAAAACUUGCCAACCACUUACGACUCCUCAAAGAAGAAUAUACGAAAUUGCAACGUGGUUAUGCGGAACUCGAACGGAAAUACAGCAAGGCUGCCGCUUCUUCGGGAGACGGUACCGGUGAAUUUAGCAGUUUCGUAUCGCGUCUCGUGAUGACGGUUUCGUCCUUGUACGGUCGUACUACGUAUUCGGAUUUAACCAUAAAAUUCCAGGACAAAUCCAUGCCUGCCCACAAGUUCGUGUUGAAUGCUCGGUCCGAAGAGUGGCGCGAGGAAGUGCUGGCAGAUAAAACGGAGUUGGAUUGGUCCGAUCUGGAAUCGGAUGUAGGUUUCGCGCUAUUGCGGUGGAUCUAUACGGAUGUGGUUGAUCUGCAGCAUGACACUCUGGCUUUAGGACUUUUACGGGCUGCACAUAAAUUCAAGUUGCCCGGACUGUUGGGAUUAUGUGAACGCGCGUUAGUUGCUUCGGUGGGUGUGCGAUCGUGUGUGCGUUUUUAUUGUGUGGCAGAGGAAGUGGGAGCGUCAAGUCUCCAGGAAUAUUGUUCCGGGUUGAUUUCAGCACAUUGGGAUGACUUGACACCGCAAGAUUUCGAACACAUGUCCGGCCCAUUAUUGUAUAAGAUGCUGAAGAGUAAAACCAAACAUCCAUUGCAUGCUGCCGUCCGUUUGAUGAGGGAGGAUGUAGUUUUUCUAUGUUUAGUGGAAAAUGAUGGAUCGCUAUCGGAGAUAGUCAACAGUGUUUCACCGCAGGGCCAGCUUCCGUUGGGGAUGGCUCUACUCAGUCGGAGUACCGGGAUUGCUCAAACGCUCGUUCAAAAUGGUGCUGCUGACGUGAACGCUUACGAUGCUGAGGGAUGCACUUUACUCAUAGAUGCUGUGAAACGUGGCGAUGGAUUCUCCGCAAAGUUCCUCCUCGACAAAAACUGCAAUGUCAAUUUAACAUCGAAGUCAACCAAAGAUACAGCUCUACACUUAGUGUGCGCUUCUUCCGAAAACUCUGUCGAUCCUGAAACCUACCAAGAGAUGCUUUCAGUAGGCAAGCAAAUUCUUCAACUCAAUGCCGAUGUAAAUGCUCAAAAUGCCGAAGGAUUUACCCCCUUACAUGUGGCCAUCAUUUCCAAACACAAAGAUAUGAUUGAUCUACUUCUUGACUCUCCACAAAUAGACUUAAACAUUCGAACAUCUGAUGAAAAAUGUGCCUUACAGCUUUCAUUGACGCCACCCCAAACGGAUGGGAUACCUUUCGAUUUAGCCCGAAAACUUCUCGAGAAAGGAGCCAGACCUAAUCAAUUGAAUUCUAACACGCGAGAUAAUUUACUUGCGAUUUUGGCUCUGGAAAAAUUGGAGGAUGCAGCAGUCUUUCUAGUAGACUAUGCUGAUUUGAACCAUGUGAAUGCCAAGGGUAUAACGGUACUACAUAUUGCUAGUCAAAUGGGGCUUGCAAAACUGGUUAGGAAGUUACUUGAAAAGGGUGCUUCAUCGAACCUUCAAUCCAGUGUAGCCGAACUGAAAUCCGCUAUACACUUUGCUAUAGAAGGGAAUCACCCGGAUGUGUUGAAAGAGUUUGUCGCGUUCAAAAAAAGCGAUGGGGAUGGUGAGAAACCUGACUUCAAUGUCAAAAAUGCCGCUGGCGAUUCGCCUCUUAGUUUGGCAUUAGCUUUGAACAAAAACGACUUGGUGUCAAUUUUGAUUGAGGGUGGAGCCGAUGUAAAUGCACGCAAUGGUCAAGAUAUGACCCUUUUGCAUCAGGCAAUACUUAAUCAAGAUGAUGAAACGGCCGUUUUUCUACUAAAUCAAGGAGCUGAUAUGAAUGCUUUGACGGCUGAUCAGGAAUCGCCCUUGCAACUCGCUAUUCAUUGCCGACUUGCGAAAGUUGUGGACGCCCUUUGUACUCGUGGAGUGCCAUUCAGUGCACCAGACAAUAAAGGUGAUCCACCACUCUGGACAGCUCUGGACUCUGAUCAGGAAGAUGUGGCCCAAGUGUUGGUAAGACAUGGAGUAGACACAGACUGCUGGGGUCCAGGACCUGAAGGCUGCUUACAAACUCUAUUGCAUCGGGCGAUAGAUGAAAACAAAGAGAAUAUCGCGGUUUUCCUAAUAAAGAGUGGUUGCGAUUUGGAUUCACCAAGACAACCUGGACCGAAUGGUCAGGGUGCAGAAGAAGCCAAAGAAAAGGCAUCUCCAUUACAUUUGUGUUGCCAAUGGGGACUAAUAAAGACAUUACAGACACUAAUCGAUCACGGGGCAAACGUAAACUCUUUAGACUGUGACAACAAAACUCCGCUACAUGUUGCCAUUGACAACCAGCACAGUGAAAUCAUUGGCAUUCUGCUAUGUCACCCCAACAUAGACUUAGAAACUCGCGAUAAAGCUGGUAAUACACCAUUCGCAGCGGCACUCACAGUGCGAAACCAUAAAGCAGCCCAAAAUAUUCUGGAUCGAUUACCGAACGCGGCCGAACAAAUGGAUCAGCGAGGACGAAAUUUCCUGCACACAGCUAUUAUGAAAGACGAUUUAGAAAGUGUGCUGUUCCUUCUAGCUAUUCACGUUGAUGUCAAUUCGAUCGUCCGAGAUGUGAACCUAACCCCUCCCUUGCACUUAGCUGCGGCCUCUAAGAAUGAAAUGAUCAUUCGGAAUCUAAUACUUGCAGGAGCACGUAUCAACGAAAGAGAUGCCACUCAGAAGACGGCUUUGCAUGUCGCUGCAGAACGUGGAAACCUACCCGCUGUGUCGGCACUCCUUCAAAAUGGUGCCAAUUUCGAUGCUGUUGACAGCGAGGGAAACAACGCAUUACAUAUAGCCGUCCGUGAGGGUCAUUUACCAAUUUGUCGGGAACUCUUAACAGAGUCUAGUAUUAACGCUGAAACAGUAAAUAUAAAAGGACGUAAUCCCAUGCAUGAGUUGUGUCGUAGCGGUAAGGACAAUACAGCAGCGGCAAUUUGUGAGCUGUUUCUAGAAUGUAUGCCAAAGUAUCCAAUCAAUGAACCUGAUAUGGAUGGAAAUACGCCAUUGCUCUUGGCGUUCAUGCGUGGUCAGGCACCACUUUGUAAAGUGUUAGUCAAGAACGGAGCAUGCCUAGGGGCAGAGAAUAAAGACGGCGUUACUAUAUUUAACUUCAAACUAGCAACCGAUCAAUUAUUGCACAAACUUCUAGACCAACUGCCGCAGGAGUCACCUUGGGCUACGUCUGAUAUGUGUCAGGAGUGCGGUACGAAAUUCACUAUAACAAUGAGAAAACAUCACUGUCGUCAUUGCGGUCGAAUUUUGUGUUCGCGAUGCUCGAACAACGACGUGCCGAUCAUUAAAUUCGGAAUUUAUAAACCGGUACGAGUGUGCACGGUUUGUUUCGACGUGCUUCAGAUUGGAAGCAGCUAAACCGUGUUAUACUAAAGGAAUCGCGUCCCUAACAAAGCUAGAUCCUAACGUUGUUUUAUUCAACUUGACGAACAAACUGCUCUUCGUUUUUACUACAUUUGAAAGAAGAUACAAAGUAACUGCAGUUGCAGACAAAUAGUUGAAAGCUCUUUACGGUGAUUACUUCGAGUAUUGAAAUAUUGAUGAGAUUCCUUCAUUCCUUCUACUCUUUUAUUUACAAAAAUGAAAAUUAACUAUUUUCGAAUUCAUAUUUUUUGUAGUUAUCGCUUACUAUCGACGUGUUUUAUUGAGAUCGCAUUAAAAAUCGAGUUCAAGACUAAAGUAGAACACACAAGAUACUUUGAGAACGUUUAUAAGACGCAAUUUAAGUUUAAUGCAUAAUACUGUUAACGAAAUUAUAAAACCAUUGCUGAAAAUAAAAAUGUUUAAUAUUUUAUUUAGAUAA